AUGAGUGCAACCUGGCGUGCGGUAGUAUUGCUAGCGAUACUAUGGCGAUUUUGCUACAAUAGAAGCCUGCUCGUACACUGCUGCCCGUUAGAGUGUAUCUGUCUCUCACAAACACAGGUCAUGUGCAACACCGGUGCAUUGCGCGAGAUACCACUGAAAGCCAUCCCGGUGACGGUGGAGCAGCUGUCGCUCACGAAGAACUACUUUCCGAUCAUCAAAAGUGAUGCGUUCGGAGGGCUUCGAGCAUUGCGAAAGCUUUCGCUCGAUGGCAACAAUAUCACCACCAUCAAACCGUUUGCAUUUCGCGGUCUACCGCGACUGCGGGACCUCUCGAUCCAGCACACCCCCCUAGCUACGGUUGCCUCGUUUGCCUUCGCUGGGCUGCAGAACGUUUCGCAGAUACAACUAUCGCACAACAAGAUAUUGCGCAUCGAGGGAUACGCGUUUGCCGGUGCCGUUAACAUCAGACAGAUCCAUCUAGCGGACAACCCAACCGUAACGAUCGAGACGAAUGCAUUUUCCAGCCUUAGCAAUGUCGAUCGGCUCAUCCUUCCGUCCGGGAUACGAUCGAUCGAACCGGACGCAUUCUAUGGGCUCGAAACGGUCGGCUACUUGAAGCUAUCCUUCAUGGACCUAGCGUCCCUGGUGCCGUACACGUUCCGCGGCUUAACGCACGUGAAGCUGCUGUCGCUGCAAGAAUCCGACCUCGGCAUCAUUCGGGCCGGUGCCUUCGACGGUCUGGUGCACGUCGAGCUGCUCAACAUACUCAACAACAAGAUUGACGCCAUUCAGGAGCUCAACAUUACCGCAGCCAACCGGAUACGGGUGCUGCGAAUACAGGGUAACCAUCUGCUCGAAACACCCGAAAGUGGCGCGAUCGUGCUCGAAGGCAUCGAGACGCUGCAUGUAAAUAGCAACUACUUCCCCUGCGGAUGCCACAUCCACACGCUCCUAGAUAGUCCGCUAGCGAACGGUAGCUACACGUCGCACGGUGGCCCACCGGGCGACUUCCUGUCGAAGAACUACUGCAUCUCGCCGCUCGAGGUGAACGGGCUGCCGAUGAGCUCAAUCGAUCUCUACUCGAUCGGUCGCUGUUUGGAGCAGGUGACGCGAGAAAAUCUCGAUGCAUCCAACUCGGCCACACCGAGCGUUUGGCGAGGGAAUUCCUGGCACUGGUGGCAGCAGUGGAGCAGUGAGGAAGACUCACGGGCCCAUGAUAAGACGCUCGUUUCGGCCGUAUCGUCAGCGGUGCGGUUCCUAACAGCAUCCCCAUUGGCGUCGAUGUUGUUUGUUGGAUGCUUUCAAAGUUUUAGUAUAAAAAUCAGUUGA